UUUCCUAGUCUUUGAUUUGCUAUAAGAAGAAAGGGUUAGAAAAGUUUGUGGAAUUGUGUAUAUAUAUCUGAAGAAAAAACAGAAAAGUUAUUAAAAUAUGUCUCAUGAAACUGAAAUUCAAGGAGGUGGAAUAGGUUAUCAACCCAAGAUAAAUGAUGUUGCCCAAAAUUUCUUGGAUGAUCUGCAGAAGGAACGCUCUCGUCUAACGGAAGAUUUUCCAUUGUGUGCUCUUUUAAUUGAUGAAGCUUUCGAUCGAGUUUAUUCUACUGGGCGUAUACCCGGCCGCGAAUUUUAUGCCGAUGUACUCAAGCAAAAGCCAAUGAAACUUACCCAAAAGGUGUUUGUGCCAGUAAAACAAUAUCCGAAAUUUAAUUUUACUGGAAAAAUUUUGGGACCCAAAGGAAAUUCCCUUAUUCGCCUGCAGGACGAAACACAAUGUAAGAUAACUAUCAAGGGCCGUAAUUCCAUGCGUGACAAGGUUAAGGAAGAAGAAUUGCGAAAAUCAGACGACCCACGUUUUAGUCAUUUAAAUAAGGAUUUAUUUGUGGAAAUAAGUACAGUAGCCACACCAGCCGAAUGCUAUGCUCGUAUUGCGUAUGUUUUGGCCGAAAUUCGCAAAUAUCUAAUACCCGACAAAAAUGAUGAAGUCUCACACGAACAGUUACGUGAAAUAAUGGACAUCGAUCCUGAGAUGGCUAAAGCUGGAUAUGGAGGUAAACCGGAAAUAUACAAAACUGUAUUUGACAAAACUGGAGGUUCAAAAGGAACACGGAAAUAUUUGGAAUUUUUGAAGCAUACUUCAAAUGCAGAGCGAGAGGAAUUGGAAGACGAAUAUGAGUAUGAACAUAUUUCACAUGCCCCACCACCAAAACGCCCUUCAAGUUCAAGUGAUUAUGAAUAUAUUAAAGUUCCAUCACAUUCGAAAGGAUACAAACGUGCUGUACCCAUGUAUACAGAAACCAGACGCGUACGUGAAGUCUCUUCAUCUAAACCGUAUGAUACAAAUAUAAAACCUUCUUAUAUGAAAGGAAUUUUAAAAAAAUAUAAAUAAAUCUAACAAAAAUAAAAAUUAAAUAAAUAAAAUAAAAAUAAAUAUAUAUAAAUGCAAUUAUAAAUAAAUACAAUGAUUUUUAUAAUAAUUUAAAAAAUAUAUACAUAUGAAUGAAAUAUUAACAAAAUAAAAUAUAGAUAUUUAAAUUACAAAUAUAAGAAAAUAUAACAUUAAAAAAAUAAAGUAAACCGAAUUUACUAUCUUAUUAAUCGAUGGUAAACACGGAAUAUAACAUAUAUACAUCGUACAGAUAAAAAUUCUGCUUAUAAUAAAUAUAUGAUAUACAUAUAAAUUGUUAAUUAAAAAAAAAUAAUUUAAAUUGGCACAAUAAAUUGAAAACUAUUCCGAAACGUUUUUUAAAAACUUAUGUAACAUAAAUUUAAUUUGAAUUCUUUGAAAAUAAUAAUAUUACCUCUGUCUUAAAAUAUGUUUAUGUAAUUUAACUUUAAUUCAAAUAGAAUAUGUUCAACUAUAGGUUAAAAUAGAGACGAAAUAAAAAAGUGGUGAUAUAAGCAAGAAACCACAACUCCGUUGAUUUUUUACCCAAAAUUUAAACAUAAAAAUUAAAGCAUAUAACUAAAAACAAUCAUAUCUGUCUGAAUUGUCUGUGUCGAAAAAAUUAUCCAAAAUCGGUACAUAAAUGUUCCAGAUAUAAACAAACCCCGGUUUUAGGGUAGGUGCAGCCAAUUUCAAUUUUUAAUCUGACAUUAUGUAUAAAAUCAGAUUUCAGUUAAAACACGUAAAUAUUUUUUUUAAAAACUGAGGUAGUAUCAUGUUCUAAAGUUAUAAAUAAGAAAUAAAAUUAAAUUUAUAUAAUUCUAUAGAAACCAGAACAUACAAUCGCUUAGAAUCAAUUUAUGACAAGCGUUUUGCAAGAGAUGGUAUAAAUAAUAAAUUUUUAAAGAAAAUAAAAUGUAUUAAUUAUGCGUAAAAUAUCCAAAUAUAUUUAUCAUAUAUACUUUUUUUAAUUACCCAAUAAGCACCAAAGCCCCAAAAAUUUUGUUGGAAUUGAACAUUUUGUUGGAAUUUGACUUGAAUGCAAAAUUGAAACAAAAAACAAGGCUUGAAUUUAUGUUUCCUUUUUACUGGAUAAUGAUAUUAAAAUAAAUUGUAAUUCCAGGCUUUAAUUACACUUGCUUUCAACUUGAAUUCCAGUUAAAAUGCUUAUUGGGUACGUAUAAUAAAAUAAAAAAAACACAAGAUUUAACAAAAGUUGUGGUGAACGUAAGGUAAGUAUUUUAAUGAAUACGAUUUUUAGUAUUAAGGUUCAUUUAUUUAUUCAUGUUUGCGUAUACAUAAUGUAUUUAUUUAUUUUAUAUAAUACAAAGAAAGCCUUCGGGGCUAAUAAUUUUCGUUUAAUAAAAGCAAUUAAAAAUACAAAUAAUUAAAAA